AUGCGGUCCAGUUUGUUGGCUGCAGCUUGGCUGAACCAUGUGCUCAACAACAAGUUCCUGAGCUGUGAAAAGUACUUCAGCUCAUUUGUUUUGGCAUAUAAUUUAUCUUCUCUGAGCUUAUCAGAAGUUCGUACUAACACUUCUGACUCCUCUCUGUUGCAGAAAACUGUAGUGUCAGUGGAACUGCUCUGUUUAAAGUGCAGGAAGAGGGUGAUGAAGUUAAUUGCAACAAUUGAAGGUAUAACUUCUAUAGUCCUUGACCCGUCUAAAAAUACAGUGACAGUAAUUGGUGAAGCUGAUCCAGUGAAGAUCAUCAACAAGGUCAGAAAAUACAGACAAUCUGCAGCAGUCGUUAGUGUGGGUCCUGCCAAAGAAGAGAAGAAGGAUGAGAAGAAAGAUGUUGUUUCUUUUACUCCAAAGACUUGUCAAAGAUGUGAUGUGUGGUAUGUGAUUGGCGAAGAUUAUUAUAGUUAUUGCUCCAUCAUGUGA